AUGAUGCGUAGAACAAUUAUUCGAUAUCUGUGCCUUGCUCAAGUGCUUGUCCUCCGUGACAUCAGUAUUCCGGUUCGUAGAAGAUUUCCAACAUACGAAAGUAUCGUUACAGCAGGACUGAUGUUAGAGAGUGAAAAAUAUCGCCUCAGAUCCUACAAACACUUCGAGAUCGAUGCUGAUUAUGGUCGAAAAUGGGCCCCGAUCAACUGGGCGUUUGCCUUAGUGAUGAAGGCGCGUAAGGCUGGUCAAAUUGCAGAGAUACGUAAGUUCAGGAACUGUUUACAAGUGUUGUGUAACUACGAUUGGGUGCCUGUUCCAUUGGCCUAUCCACAGGUUCAUGUGACGGUGCCUGUGAUAACAAUGUUACAAUACGUUUUCUGUAUGGGAUGGAUGAAGGUGGCCACAUCGUUGAUGAAUCCUUUCGGUGCUGAUGAAAACGAUUUUGAGGCGAAUUAUCUGAUCGACAAGAAUAUUGCGACUUGCUUAUUCAUGGUUGAUGAAGCGCACAAUGAUCUACCCGAACUUAAAAGGGAUCAGUUUUGGUCGUGCGAUAAAAUUCAGACAUUCUAUGCUAAGGAUGCUAUGAACGAACAAGUUAAUCCACUUAUUGGAUCAGCCGCAAGAGCGAGGUUUGUGAAAUGGACAACGCCUUCGCCGAAUGCUGAUGACGAUGAUGGUGAUAACCGAGCACAACAAGACCAGAAUCAGCUGAUACAAUCAGCGCCAGCUAGUUUGGCUGACUCACCGGUGCUGGGCGAUGGUCGCAUGGUCUGA